AUGGCUUCGGUGUCUAUACCGGAGUUCAAAGUGAUUUUGUGCGGCGAGUACGGCGUGGGGAAGACCUCCCUAUUCAGACGGUUCGCCACAAACACGUACAUCGAGACGGCGACCAUGUCUUCGGCCAAAUCCAGACAAUCGACGCUAGGGUUGGACCACUUGAGCCGCACUUUCGACGUGAGACCCAACGACCGGUCCAUUAGGUUGCAGUUGUGGGACACGGGAGGGCUCGAGAGGGUGGCCUCCAUCACCAACUCCUACUACAAGUUCGCUGAGGCGGCGCUCCUGGUCUUCAGUCUGGACUCAUUGGAAUCGUUUCACUGUUUGUCACAGCAUUUGAUCGAAAUCCUGAGUUUAGCCGAAAACGCGAAGAUCUUUUUGGUCGGCAAUAAGAGCGACGCUCAGCCGCACGAAGUCCACGACUCAGAUAUCGAGCUCUUCGUGGAGCAGUUCCCGAAAUUCAAUGGCAUUUUCAAAAUCAGUUGUAAGACUAAUGAAGGCGUUCACGAGAUGUGGACAGAGAUCGCCGAGAAGUUGGCCGUCAGUGCGCUCACCAAGACAUCGAUGGAUACCUUCAAACUGCAUCACAACAAUCAGAUCCAACUCCACGACAGCGGCCAACAGUCCUCCUCCUGUUGUGGCGGCUCUUCUUCUUCGGCCAAUUCUUAG